GCAGGAGGUUUAGCUCGCGGCCUCGUUUCUCUCCGGGAGGGACCUGUUUCAUGGACCUCGUCAUAUUCUUCUCAGAGUACCCAGCAAGAGGGCAGCAGAGAGGAGUUAGUUACCCAAAGCAACAGAGAGACAAGAUCCAGAGUACUGGCCCUGCUGUGAGAGCCUCAGCUUCCCCAUCUGUGAAGUGGGAACGACAGUCCUCUUCCUCAUUGAUUGAGAAUGUCCUAAAAUGCCAGCCAAGGAUCGGCCCAGAGGUGUAGGCAAUUGGGCCAGAGUCACGCGACGGACACAACAGUAGCUUCUUCCCAGACUCAGCCCUUCUCCAAAAGAAGGAGGACAAAAUGACCAAGUUCCAGGAGGCCGUGACCUUCAAGGAUGUGGCUGUGGUCUUCACGGAGGAGGAGCUGGGGCUGCUGGACCCGUCCCAGAGGAAGCUGUACCAAGACGUGAUGGUGGAAAACUUCCGGAACCUGGUCUCAGUGGGGCAUCAGUCCUUCACAGCAGAUGUAAUCCCCCAGUUAGAGAGAAAAGGAAAGCUUUGGGUGGUAAGGACAGCACCCCAGAGCCAAAGCUCCUCAGGAGACAAGACUCUAAAUAACAUGGAGAUUAUUCAAGAAGUUGGAUUAAAGUACCUUCCACAUGAAGAGUUUUUCUGCUCACAGAUCUGGCAACAGGUUACCAAGGAUUUAACUAGAUGUCAAGAUUCCAUAGUAAAUAUUCAAGGAGCUGGCUCUCAGUUGGACCAACAAGCUGAUACACUCUGUCAAUAUGAGGAAUUUGGUAAAGCCUCUAAUCAGAAUUCGCAUCUUAAGGUUCAUCACAGUGUCCACACUGGAGAAAGACCUUACAGAGGCAUGGAAUGUGAGAAAGAUUUUAUUGAGGACUCUUGUCUUCAAAUUAGCAAGAUGGCCCUUGCAGGAGAGAAGCCCUAUAAAUGUGAAAAAUGUGAAAAUGCCUUCCGUCGGUUUUCAAGUCUUCAAGCCCAUCAGAGAGUCCACAGUAGAGAGAAAUCGUACAAGUAUGAUAUGUCAUGUAAGAGUUUUAGUCAGAAGUUAUGUCUUCAUCAUCAUCACCGAGUUCCUACAGGAGAAAAUCCACACAGAUUUGAGGAGUGUGGGAGAAAUGUCGGGAAAAGCUCACAUUGUCAAACUUCUCUGAUAACCCACACGUUAGAAAAACCCUAUAAAUGUGAAGAGUGUGGGGUGGGCUUCAGUCAAAGCUCAUAUCUUCAAGUCCAUCAGAGAGUUCACAUGGGAAAGAAACCUUACAAAUGUGAAGAGUGUGGGAAGGGCUUCAGUUGGCGUUCACGACUACAGGCUCAUCAGCGAAUCCACACUGGUGAGAAACCAUACAAAUGCAAUGCAUGUGGCAAGGGCUUUAGUUAUAGCUCACACCUUAACAUUCAUUGUAGAAUCCACACAGGAGAGAAACCCUAUAAAUGUGAGGAGUGUGGGAAAGGCUUCAGCGUGGGUUCACACCUUCAAGCCCAUCAGAUAAGCCACACUGGAGAGAAACCAUACAAGUGUGAGGAGUGUGGGAAGGGCUUCUGUCGGGCCUCAAAUCUUCUGGACCAUCAGAGGGGCCAUACUGGGGAGAAACCCUACCAGUGUGAUGCAUGUGGGAAAGGCUUCAGUCGUAGCUCAGAUUUUAACAUUCAUUUUAGAGUCCAUACAGGAGAGAAACCCUAUAAAUGUGAGGAGUGUGGGAAGGGCUUCAGUCAGGCUUCAAAUCUUCUGGCCCAUCAAAGAGGCCACACUGGAGAAAAACCAUACAAAUGUGGUACCUGUGGGAAGGGCUUCAGUCGCAGUUCAGAUCUGAAUGUUCAUUGUAGAAUCCACACAGGAGAGAAACCAUAUAAAUGUGAAAAAUGUGGGAAGGCCUUCAGUCAGUUCUCAAGUCUUCAGGUGCAUCAAAGAGUCCACACGGGAGAGAAACCAUAUCAGUGUGCAGAGUGUGGGAAGGGCUUUAGUGUGGGUUCACAGCUUCAGGCCCAUCAGAGGUGCCACACUGGAGAGAAACCAUACCAAUGUGAGGAAUGUGGGAAGGGCUUCUGUCGGGCCUCAAAUUUUCUGGCUCAUCGUGGAGUCCACACUGGAGAGAAACCAUACCGAUGUGAUGUGUGUGGUAAGCGCUUCAGACAGAGAUCAUACCUUCGAGCCCACCAGAGGGUCCAUACGGGAGAGAAACCAUAUAAAUGUGAGGAAUGUGGUAAGGUCUUCAGUUGGAGCUCAUACCUCCAAGCCCAUCAGAGAGUUCACACUGGAGAAAAACCAUAUAAAUGUGAGGAGUGUGGGAAGGGCUUCAGUUGGAGCUCAAGUCUUAUAAUUCAUCAGCGCAUCCAUGCUGAUGAUGAGGGUGACUUUCCUUUAACAGAGAACUCAUACAGGAAAGAAGCUUGAUAACUUACAUGUUUUAAUACCUCAAGAUGGGUGCUGAAAGAGUCCAAUUACCAGACCUGCUAUAGAAGACAAAACAUUUGUGAAAGAGCCAGUCUUCAGGCAGAGCCCAGCAUGUCACAGUGAUUGGGUGACCAUGCAGCAGAGAAGCCUCGUGAGAGUGGAGAUAGGACUUCAUGCAGAAACUUGACAUUUAGUGAGUAUUACACAGAAGAGAGGCUUAGGAAGGAUGAGUCUGAUUCAAAGUUAACCAACAGUACUAAGAGGGAAAAAUCAGAAACCUAUUCCCCUAGAAUGUGUGGAAAGGGUAGUGACUUGGUAGACUGCCAGAUGUACUCAGCCUUUUUUUCAGUGCCUAACACGUGUUCAUUGUUAGGUGAGUAGAAGAGAGGACAGCCAUAUUUAACAUUUUUAUUCAGUUCACCUCCAGAUAUUUCUAUAAAACUGUACUUAGGAGAUGAAUUCUGCAAGGCUUGGAGGACAUUUCAAUUAUUAAAGACAUGGGAGCAGUUUACCAACCUGCGGGUCCUGUGAACUGGUGUUUAUCACAACAAAGGUUGCAACACUUUUGGAGGGUCCAGAAAUCCAUUCAGGACGUUGUGACCAGCACUUCUGUAUGCUAGCAAUUGAAGUGUAGUUUGCAUGCAGUACAUGCAUAAAUCUCAAGUUUACAGAUUCAUGACUUUUGACAAAGGUGUACAUUUGUGUAACCACCAAGACCAAUAUGUACAAUAUUUCUAUUAAACCAGAAUAUUUCCUUGUACAUAUUUCCAGGCAAUCUGAUCUCCAGUGGCAACAACUGUUAUGAUUUCUAUCUCAUAGAUUAGUUAGGUCUGUUACUGAGCUUCAUAUGAGUUCAAUAUGUACUCUUUUGGAUUCCUUAUAUACCCUUUUGUGUCUAGAUUCUGGAUUCUUUUGAUCAAAUAUAUGAUCAUCAGUAGAUUCAGAGAAAGCAUUUGACAAAAAUAUCUCUUCAUGGUGAAAAGUCCUCAGUGAGAUAAAAGUCAUCUAUGAAAAUCUUACAAGCUAACAUUCCAUAAAAUAGAAUCUGUGAUGUAUCAUUUCAUGUUUUGGCAAAAGCUUAUUGUCAUAUUUUUUUACCACCACAAUGAAGAAAGUCCUUUGUACUCUUGUAGUCAAUUCCUCUUUCCAUUGCACCCCCAACAUCCUGCAACCACUGGCCUGUUCUCUGUCUGUAUAGUUUCCCUUUUCUAGAAUGUCAUAUAAAUGGAGUCAUACUCUAUGUAACCAUUGAGUCUGGUUUCUUUCACUUAACAAUGCUUCUGUGUUUCAUCAGUCUUGAUAUAUGUUAUCAGUAGUCAUUCCUUU